AGUCAGCUGACGCUCGGGAUCAGGAACCGGACCGUGAGCGAAGCUGUAACAUGACAAAGUUGUUGUUAAACGCUUGGCAGACAGCUAGCUAUAGGUAAGGAAAUAUAGCAUUUUGGAGUCAUUUAGGGGGUCAUUCAGUGCCCCGUUUCUGCCACUGCCCUUGGCCGUUCAUCGUAGACUGAUAGAAAAAGAAAACAAGGAUAUUUGGUGUCUUGACGGCUUCCUGUGUCAACUGCAAGUGUUAGUUUUGCGUCACGUAUCGAGGACUCGACUGAACAGACAACACCUCGAUCAACUCUUCAGUGUCCUGGGGUUUCUUCAGCAUGAUGUUGUACUGAACAGUUCAGCGGCAGAAGCGGAGCAUCGAGAUUUUGCCUAUCAUUGCCACGAUGGCGUUUUCAGCGUUCAGGCUGACAGCUGUCUAUGUGAUCCUAGUAUUUAUGUUGUUUCUCGCAUCGUUUGGGACGUCGUAUCCUCUUCCAGAUGGGACGGACAUAUCCGAAGUGAGAGCUCCGAUAGAAUAUUUUCGUGUUCGUUUUAGCUGGCACAACGUAAGUUGUCAGUUGUGCAAAGUCCUCUUCACCGUUGUGGACAUUGCUCUUUUGAGUGACACGAAUACAGAACAUGUGGCUCAUGCCAUUGGUGAGGCCUGCAUUCAUUUACACUUGUCAGAGGAAAAAGUAUGCAUGGAGAUUACAGAGCUCUUCCGUGAUGACUUCAUCCGUGCGCUCCAGGAGUCUUUUCUCUGGCCCUCAGAGGCCUGUGCCUUACUGCUGGGACCCAAUUGUGGCCAUUUUGACAUCUAUGCUCCCUGGAAUGUCACCUUGCCCCGGGUCCCCAAGCCUCCAGUCAUGCCCCCCAAGCCGCCGAAGCCUGGCUCCCCUCGGAGCAGGGUGCUGUUCCUCACCGACAUCCACUGGGAUGCGGAGUACUCCAUGGACAGUUCAGCUAACUGCAAAGAACCUUUGUGCUGCAGGAAAGGGUCCAGCAAGGCGAGCUGGAGGCAGCGAGGUGCAGGCUACUGGGGCACCUACAGUAAUUGUGACAUCCCUCUGCAUACCAUAGAAAACCUCCUGCAGAAUGUAGCCAAGGCAGGGCCAUGGGAUUGGGUUUACUGGACUGGAGACAUCCCUGCGCACAACGUGUGGUCCCAAACACGGGUGCAGCAGCUCAAUGAGCUGACCACCAUCUCCAGGCUGGUCCGCAAGUACCUUGGAGCGGGCAUUGCCGUGUACCCAGCUGUGGGCAACCAUGAGAGCACCCCAGUUAACAGUUUCCCGCCUCCGUUUGUGCAUGGGAAUCGCUCCUCCCACUGGCUGUAUGACACCAUGGCAGAAGAGUGGUCUCCCUGGUUGCCAGCACAAGCACUUCUGACCCUACGGCAAGGAGGAUUCUACACAGCUCAAGUGCAGCCAGGUCUUCGGGUGGUGUCCCUAAACAUGAAUUUCUGUGCGAGAGAGAACUACUGGUUAAUGGUGAACUCCACAGACCCAGCCAACCAGCUGCAGUGGCUUGUACACAUCUUGCAGGAAGCUGAGAACAUGGGCGAGAAGGUUCAUAUAAUUGGCCACAUCCCCCCAGGCCUCUGUCUGAGCAGCUGGAGUUGGAACUACUAUCACAUAGUUAACAGGUAUGAGAGCACUAUAACAGGCCAGUUUUUUGGGCACACACACCUUGAUGAAUUUCAGAUGUUUUAUGAUGAAGAAACGAUGACUCGGCCAGUGGGUGUGGCUUACAUUGCCCCAAGUGUUACCACUUUCAUUGACCUAAAUCCCGGAUACCGUGUGUACUACAUUGAUGGUAACUACAACGGCAGUAGUCGUCUUGUCCUAGAUCACGAUACAUUCAUCCUCAACCUCACUUUGGCCAACGGUUAUGGGGAUGGCUCCUCGUCGUUCACCAACCCCGACCCAAACCCGGCCUGGACACUGCUGUACCGGGCCUCUGAGGUCUACGGCGGGCCUGCAUUGCUCCCUUCCGACUGGGCUGCCCUGACCCAAGCCUUCCUGACCAACGACCACCUCUUCCAGCACUUCUGGUACUUCAGGCACAAAGGACACAUGUCGGAGUCAUGCCAGGGCACGUGUAAAAGCAUGAUAAUCUGCUUCCUGCGCAGCGGCCGUUACGACCUGCUGAAGCAGUGUGACCUCCUAGGCGCAGCUGGAGGACGGGCGGUGCGAUCAGUCAGAAAGUCCCUGUGCUGAUUAGCCUGCCUGGAGACAAGAGGCCCUCAGCUAGCAUUGGUGAAGCUCUGCACAGCCAGUCAUGUCACAGAAUGGGCAUUUUUGUGUGCUUUAGAAAAAAAGAGAACCUCACUAAGACGUUGCUUUGAGCUUUCUGAAGUGUGUAGCAUUUAUGAGCAUUUUGAGGUCAUGAUGACUGAUGUCCAGAGAACAUCCAACUCACUGAUUUACCUAAUUUACCAUUUGCCUACCUACUGAAUUAGAAUGUCUCAAGUAUAAGCAAAUCUAAUCAACACCUUCAUUACAUGGCUAAGUAGCAAUGAAUUUUUGAAGUAAUGAAUUUAAAAUACAAAAAUCACUUUAAAUUUAAGAAUGAGAAUAUAUCUUGGAGAUGUAUAGGAGGGGGCUCAGAAUAAAAGUAUAUGUAAAAGGACAUGCUAUGUAGCUGUUUUCUUUCUCACACUCACAGUGCUGAUGUAGAGCGUCUGUUCAUGGAGUGAUAGGAUUUGGACUGUGGUCCUUUGCCUAAUUCUGUUACUUUUAUCAUUUGUACUGAUAUUGUGAAAGUACUCUUUUAGGGUAAGCUGCUUACUUUCAAGAAUGUAGUUGAAAUUUCGAAGUGUAAAUUUGGAUCUUGCUCAACAGUGGAAUGUUUGUCCCACAUUGCACAAUUUAGAAGCUCCUAUAUGGAUUAAAACUGGCCCUUUGUGCACUCACACUUGUUUUGUGGAACGUGAGCGUGGGUGGAAGAGCCCAUUGCCUUUUUGGUUUGUGUCAAUCCACCGUAUGUGUUACAACUUGAUUUAUGUGGUGUAGAUUUUGAAUCAAUGAUGCAAUAAAUUAAGUUUUGCCAUUCA